UCCAUUGCGUCCAUGUGCUGCCGCUUCGAGCUUCUUGGAACCCUGAUAUUGCUUCUCCAAGACUUGAGCAGCCGUCGACAACCACCACCACGGGAACAGCCCGUGCAUGAGGUCAAGACAAGCUCGCCCCGGCCGACAUGCUCCACGAAAUCCUCCUUUCCCUCUCCGGACACCCGUCCCCCCUGCUCCGAGCGCCUGGCGCCUCUGCCGGCCAUGGCGGCGCGCUCGGCGACAGCAACAGCAACAGCAGCGUCGUCUCGCCUCCUGAGCGCGCCCUCCUCGCCUCGCUCGCACACCUCGGCGACCUGCACGUCAAGCUCAUCAGCUUCGCCGCCCAGAUAGCUACGGAGCACCCCUCCAUCAUCUGCCGCGCCGUGGCCGCCGCCGUCGACUCGAUCCACCUCGCCGCCUUCCAGCGCAAGGUGCUGCAGGUCGAGAACAUCAUCCUCCGCAAGGAUGCCGCCCUGGUCGGCGCCCACAACAUUGUGCCCCUGACGGCUGUCGUGGCCGAGUUCGGCGGCUGGACGAGGCGCAUGGAGUGGCUGUGGGACCUGGUCCAGUUCAUGCUGCGCUCCGGACCCGGACCCUCGCCGUCAAAGGCCAAAGCCGGCGCGGGCCCCUCUUCUUCUUCGUCAUCCUCCUCUUGCACCGGCGCAAGGGUUAUGGACCGUCUACGCGCUGAGCUGCAGACGGGCUACAUGGAUGUCGAAGAGACGGCUACGAGCUUGGUCGCCGUCGCCGAGUCGGCCUGGCUCAAGCAGGUGUCGGCGUGGAUCUUGUACGGGAAACUGCCCGCCUUUGGCGUAGGAGACUUCUUCGUGCAGCGGUCCAAAGAUAGUGCAGAGGAGUACGUCUCUGUGUCGAGUCUAUUACCGGCGUUCGUCACGCCCUCUACGGCGACGUCCAUGCUGUUCAUAGGGAGGUCACUGAACCAGAUUCGCGAGAGGAGCAUGGGUGACUCUCGCUUCCGCGGGACCGACCACCUGUCAACGCAGCUCAAGCAGCUCGCCGCCCUGAGCCACCCCCUCGAUUCGGCCAGCUUCUCCAGGGCCAUAAUCGAUAUCCAGCACUUCCUCUCAAGGACAACACUGCAGCGGCUCCUGCCCAUCACCAAAGUCGUCGAGGCGCUGCAACUCCUCCGCGACUUCUUUCUUCUGCGGCGGGGCGAGUUUGCAAUGGCCCUCAUCCAGCAGGCCGAAGAGAAGAUCCGGAACCGGUGGAGGCGUGCGGAAAACCUGGCCUACGAAAAGCGGGAUGUCCUCGGGACCGUCGUGGUGAAGGAGGGCGAGGUGGCUGCCGUUCUCGCGAAGACCUGGGCCGCCAUGGGGUCCAUGCAAGGCAACCACGCCGAUGAAGACGAGGGCAUCGAGCUGGCGAGAGAUCUGCUGCGCCUGACGCUGGCCAAAUCAGGGUCAACCUCGGCGGCCAUGAAACCUGGCGCUGCCGAAGGGAGCCUUACCUCGAUCGCGUCCUCUACCCCCUUCCGCAACCUCUUGUUCUCGGUCCCUGUCGUUUUAACCCUGCAGAUCCCCUCUCCGCUCGAUCUGUUUCUCAGCCAGUCUGACCUCCUAACAUAUACUGCCAUUAACUCGUAUCUACUGUCCCUACGCCGGGCUCACCUUCGGUUGACAGACUUGUGGAAAAUCUCGUCGCUCCGCCGGCACCACCCUGCUUCUCCUAGCCCGCCUUACGCUAGCACGCGCGGCGGUCGAGAGAAGAUGCGCCUAUUGCGGCAUCGACACGACGUGCGGGCGAAUAUCCUGCGUAAUGCCUGGGCGACGGCCAGCGCGGCCAUCUUCUUCCUAGGAGAGACCGAGGGUUACCUGCAGACCGAGAUCGUCGCAGUGCUCACGGACGGCUUCCACCGCUGGCUCACGACAGGCGAGGACGAGCAGCGGCAAGAUGAUUUCUUACCGGCUCCAAAAACAAAACCACAGCCAGCCCCGCCGCACCGUCAGGAAGAUAACGAGGAUAUCUGGCUCGCUACCGCUGACCCUCCGGCAGCGUCGUUAUCAUCGACUCAGCUCGCCACUGCUACUAAGCCUCACUACCCUCACGAUCCGCAGACGCUCGCCACCGCCCACCGCCUCUACCUGCGCACGCUUGUCACGCGCCUCCUGCUCGCCCACCCCUCCUUCACGCAGCCCCUGUACGACGUGCUGGUGCACAUCGACCACCUCGUCGCCCUCGUGCACCGCCUGCACGCCGUCUGGAACUCGGCCGACCUCGAGGCUGACGUCGGCGUCGUCGACGCCUUUGUCGAUCUCGCCCGCGAAGAGCGCGAAGUCACGGCCGACCUGCGUGGCGUAGAGGCGCGCGUCCGCCGCGGCAUCGAGGGGCUCGUCGCCGAGCUGCGCCGCAUCGAGGCCGCGGGCGGCAGCGAAGGCCGGGACGGAGUUCUAGGGCUGCUCCUGGGGAAGAGUCGGAGCGGUGCCGUCGCCGGCCUCGGUGUAGAGGCGGAAGAGGACGAGGAAGAUGAUGAUGGCGACUUGUGGGGCACUGCCAGUGGCGGCGGCGGCCAGUAUAUCCCUCGCCGCGUCGGCGGUGUCGACAGGCUGCUCAUGAAGCUGGACUUUGGCACCUGGUUUGCGGCGGGCGCGGUAGACCGUGCUGGCGACCGCGGCAAUAGCGACGAUGAUGGGUUGUGAGGUUAUUAUGCUAUUGCUAUCUGGAUCUGGGACGUCUUGGUGAGUGUGUGGUGGGCUUAUGGACUAGCUUGUGGAACAGCUUGUAUUAUUCUAGUCUGAAAAAGCCGGGGUGUCUGCUUGUUGUAGUGGCUGACUAGGAUCGGGUGGUCUCGUUUCCGGCGACGGUCAAUGAGACGGUGCAGCGUGGCACUGCAGUUACGUCAUCUAUAACGCUAUUAACUUGUAAAUAAAUACAAGUACCUUACCUUGCUGCAUUGCUAUUAUUCAG